AAAAAAAUGGAAUCUAGAUCCCACGACCAAACCUUGCCCGUCGAAACCGGGAACUUCUCCAAGAAAACAACUUCAUCCAACGGCUAAAAUUGCUCCUUCUAAUCCAACCGUUGGAAAUAAAAAUGGACGCUCCACGUUAAAUCCAAGUGCCUCCACAAUCUCAAAUAAAACCCGGUCCACUCUCAUCUCUUCCUGUUCAUCUCUCUCAAAUUAUACACACUUCUUCCAAGAAAAAAGAAAAAAAAGAAACUGCUUUACCCUGCGCACUUAGUUCGCCCUUUUCCUGCGCACCCCUCACUCGCCUGAGAAAUGAAGCCGGCGUUGGAGUUGAAAAUACUAAAAGGGGGAGUGAAGAGGAGAAAAGCUUGAUAAAGAUAAUAAAGAUUGAAUCAACGGCUGAGAGUUUAGGUAGUGAAAAAAAUGGAGGGUCAGAAAAGCCAGGCGAAGUUAACGAGGACACAGUCUUCACUUCUACGUUCAUCUCCAACUAUUCGUUCGUCAAUUCACAGCUUUUCUUCGAUUAACGAAUUCGGAGUUGGCCAAGAACCGGACAUUGAAGAGCAGAAGCCACAUAAACCCGGUUCGAUCCCGGUUCGUCGGGAUUCGUUUAAAUCGUCUCCGGUGAGGAUGGCUCCGUUUCUGGUAGUUUUAGUGGUUUCUAUGUACACCCUUUUCGUUUUCUUUAACAGGGAUAAUAUACCCACUUCGGAGAAUCUCCUGUUAGCUCUGGUUUUCGUAGCGGUUCUGUUGUUUUUUGCUGGAAAAAAAAAACAGUCAAUUCACCAUAGAUACAAUGUGUUCAGGAACUUGUUUGAUGAGUAUGGUAAACGUCUUGGGUUUCACAGAACCCACUCGAAACCGGUUCAGUGGUUCAUUGGGGAAACUAAAUUGGGGUAUAAAGAACUGGGAAAGUCAGAGAAAGAGAACCGGGUUGUGAAGGAAGGAGUUGAGGUUUACAGCAAUGGGGAUAUCUAUGAAGGUGAAUAUCACAAAGGAAGAUGCAAUGGUAGUGGAGUUUACAACUAUUUUGUGAAUGGAAGAUAUGAAGGUGAUUGGGUUGAUGGAAAGUAUGAUGGAUAUGGGAUAGAGAGUUGGGCUAGAGGUAGCAAAUAUAGAGGGCAAUACAGGCAAGGAUUGAGACAUGGUUAUGGUGUUUACAAGUUCUAUACAGGAGAUACCUAUGCUGGUCAAUGGUGUAACGGUCAGAGCCAUGGUGUUGGUUCUCAAUCUUGCUCUGAUGGUAGCUGUUACAUUGGUGAAUUUAAAUGUGCGGUCAAACAUGGCCUUGGCUGUUACCAUUUCAGGAACGGGGAUCGGUAUGCGGGAGAGUAUUUUGGAGACAAGAUUCAUGGAUUUGGUGUGUAUCAUUUCGCCAACGGGCAUUGCUAUGAAGGGUCAUGGCAUGAAGGUCGCAAGCAAGGUUACGGAAUGUAUACAUUUAGAAAUGGUGACACAAGGUGUGGGGAAUGGGACUCUGGCAAUUUGAAAAUUCCAUCGCCCCCACUAACUGAAGCUGUCCUUCGAGCUGUUCAGGCUUCUAGGAGGGCAGCAGAGAAUGCAAUUAAACUUGGGAGGGUAGAUGAACUAGUGAAAAAAGCAGUCAUGGCUGCAAAUAGAGCUGCCACUGCUGCUAGAGUUGCUGCUAUCAAAGCAGUACAAAACCAGAUGGAUGGAAAUUUUUGUGACACUAGCUAACAAUUCAAGUCGUUUUUAAAAAACUUAAAAAGAAGUAAUUGGUAAAUGUAAAUUUACUACACCAAGUAUGAGUAUUUCUUUCCCAGGGCCACCCCGGCUAGCAAAUGCAGCCGGUGGUUGAGUGUAACUGCUUUCAAGUUUUUACUUAACCACAAUUGUAACACUUGUAUAUAAUGAAUAUCUGUCUUUCGCCAUAUGUAUAUCAAUGAGAAGAAUUAAUUCCUGAUCU